ACAUGAUCCAAACCAGCAAAAACCUUCAAAAAUCUUUCCCCUUUCUUCUUCUUCAACUUCAAUGGCGAUUUCUCUCCGAUUCACUCCACCGUCACCAUUUUCACCACAACAUCCUUACAACUUCCACUCUACUGAAUUCCCACACAAUCCGUUGCCAUUCCGUCAACAUUCACGGCGAAUCACGCCCAAAGCGUUAACGGAAUGGAGAGAGUACGAACAAGCGGUUAAGGAUAAAGAUCUGGGUAAAGCUCUUCGAUUUCUGCAGGAUAUUAAUGAUUUGCAAAGUGAAUUGGUGGAGUUGCAGAGAGAUUGGGAGGUGUUGGACACGUGCUUGAAUGCUGAUGAUAUGAGACUUGUUGCUUCUGCUUAUGUGUUUUUGAAGGAUAAAGGGUUCUUGAAUCAGUACGGAAAGUAUCGCAGUAUUGUUCUUGAGGGACCAAGAGAUGUUACUCCAACUGUUUUGAAGUCUGCAACUGGUUUAGAAGUUUCCAAACUUUCACCAAAGAAAUUUGGUCUUUCUACAAGCUCUAGUAUCGUCCUCGUUGCAUUUUUCGCCGGAUUAUCAUAUCUUGUUGACCAUGGAGUUGACCUCAGACCGCAGCUGGCAGCAGUUUUGGGUCUAUCUAUGGUGGAUUCCAUAUUUCUCGGUGGCUCAUGUUUAGCCCAAAUAUCAAGUUAUUGGCCUCCAUACAAGCGGCGUAUUCUUGUUCACGAAGCAGGGCAUCUUCUUGUUGCUUAUCUUAUGGGAUGCCCCAUUCGAGGAGUAAUUUUAGAUCCAAUUGUUGCGAUGCAGAUGGGGAUUCAAGGGCAGGCAGGAACACAGUUUUGGGAUGAGAACCUUCAAAACGAGCUUGCUGAGGGCCGACUGACUGGUGUUGCCUUUGACAGAUACUGCAUGGUGCUAUUUGGCGGAAUAGCAGCAGAAGCUCUUGUUUACGGUGAAGCCGAGGGUGGAGAAAACGAUGAAAACUUAUUUCGGAGCAUUUGUUUGCUUUUGGAACCACCAUUAUCCGUUGCUCAGAUGUCGAAUCAAGCAAGGUGGUCGGUUUUACAGUCGUAUAAUCUGUUGAAAUGGCAUAAAAACGCUCAUAGAGCUGCGGUUAAAGCUUUAGAAAAUGGCGGUAGUCUGAGUGUAGUUAUAAGAAGCAUUGAAGAAGCAAUGGCUUCAUACAUAUGAUUUUUUAUGGUAUUGAUUUGUGUCAUAGAAAAAGGUAUUAGUAUCUAGUCUUUAACAUAUUUGUAAAUAAUCCAACACCCAAGUGGGUGGAUCAUAGAUCACUUUAACUGUAUAUACUCGAUAUGUUCGAAGGGAAACCGUUUACGUUGUUAAUAAAUUCAAUACGUAAAAUGUUCGACGGGAA